CAUGGAAACAAUCUCUCCCGCUUAUCUCGGUCACAUCCCGCGCACAGAAUCAUGGCGUUUGAGGGUGGGGGGCAGAGCUGUGGUGUUCACGAACUCAUCUGUGCUAGAAGAGUAUCUCCUGAACUGCUAGGCAUCCUGUCCUCCAUUGCUGUCUUCAUGGGCAUGAUCGCUUUCUUUUUUCUUUACCUCAGCAGCAAGCUGUCAGUGGAGAGCCCAAGCAGUGAUCUGUCUAGUUUUGAAGGUUUUAACAAGGGUUUGCAAGAUGAUGGUUGUCUAGAGAGAGGAUCAUCUGAGAGUGAGGAUGAUGCACCAAAAAGACGAAAAGACUCAUCCUCCCAACAGCAGAGAAGCGGGUGGAGAAACAGAGAUGCUGAGAAGGAGGAUUGCAGCAGUGAGGCCUCAGCCGAUCAGGUGAAAAAGAAAAAAGGUUCAAAUUCCCUUAAUGAGCUUCAGCCUCCACCAUACCGGGACAAAGACGAUCUAAAACGUGGUUCAGGGGACCGCAGUGACUCGGCAAAGAGCAGUGGCAGUGAGGGCAGUGAGGUCAGCGAGGGCAGUGAAGACCCUGAAGACACAGAGAGUUACCUGAAUAAGGACUAUGAGGAGGACGCACCCAGUGACAGCACAGCUGUUUUGGGCCCGGAGGACAGUUUAAUCCCACCCCUUCCAGAAACGUAUGAACCAGAGGCAUUGGGAAAAUACGGCACGCUGGACGUGGCAUUCGAGUAUGACCCUGGCGAACAGCGGCUUGCGGUAACGGUGACCGCCGCCACAGAUAUUCCAACCCUCAAGAGCACAGGGAACAUUUCCUGGCAGGUGCACCUGGUUCUGCUGCCCACCAAGAAGCAGAGGGCCAAGACAGGUGUGCAGAGAGGACCCUGUCCCGUCUUCACAGAAACCUUCCGCUUCUCGUGUGUAGAACAGGAGGCCCUGGGCGAUUACGCCAUUCGAUUCCGUCUCUACAGUGUGCGGCGUAUGAAGAAGGAGAAGGUUCUAGGGGAGAAGGUGUUCUACCUCACCAAACUCAACCUGCAGGGGAAGCUGGCUCUUCCUGUCACACUGGAGCCUGGCACUGCUGUUCCGGACUGUGGGUCAAUAGUGAGUGUCUCUCAUAGUGCAGGAGCUCUAUCGUACCGCUCCAUUGGUGAAUCCUCCACACCAGAACUCCUGCUGGGUCUCCUCUACAACUCCACCACAGGCAGACUCUCCGCCGAGGUUAUUAAGGGCUCCCAUUUUAAAAACUCUGCCACAGAUAAACUGCCCAUUGGCCUGUUUUGUUGUAUAAAACACUUCAUUAGUGGGCAACUGUAUUUCAUGAGAGAUACCUAUGUGAAGUUGACAAUGCUGGAUUCCAAAGGGAAGGAGAUGUCCAAGUGUAAAACCUCAGUAUGCCGUGGUCAGCCCAACCCCACCUACAAAGAGACGUUUGUCUUCCAGGUGGCACUGUUCCAGCUUUCUGAGGUGACCCUACAGGUGUCGGUGUACAGUCGACGGAGCAGCAUGAAAAGGAGAGAACGGGUGGGCUGGGUCACUUUGGGCCUCAACAGCACCGCAGAGGAACAAGUGGAACAUUGGACCCAAAUGAAAGAAUCAGAGGGACAGCAGGUCUGCCAGUGGCACACGCUCCUCGCCUCAUGAGUUGGAGCAGUGAUGACCCUGCUAAAAAGAUCAGCUUAGACCAGUAUGAAUUUCCAGGCUGGUUUAUGCUGGUUAGUUCUUGUUAGGUGAUGGUCUAGCUGGUGGUGAGAAGUGCAAGGGCUGUGGGUGCAAUUUGGGACAGAGCCACUGUGAUGCAGUUCUUGGCAAUGGGUGGUUAAGUAGUUUUUGGUUAUGAAUACAAAUUAAAGUUUAGAUUGUAAUUUGUCAACCUAGCCUCAUGGAUUGAACAUUACUAUAACUACAUUUUUGCAAACUUAAUUUGACGUGCCUCGUUUUGCAUUCUGCUGCAGUUUCCUGGUGAAAUGAACACUAGAGGCGCUACAACAACUGUGCGUUUUAUUCACUUUCACACAAAUCACGAAUUCAACGGCUGAUUAUGACUUUAUAAACACUUAUUUUUCACUCUGUUACUCACACAGUGCUAUGUUAUGAUACUGAAACACUUUUAGUCUAACACAUCAUUUGAAAAACAAUACAUUUUAACACUUGUAUUACAGACCCACCUACAUUUGCAUACUUAUUCCAAUAUGAAUAUCUUGCAAAGUAGCUCACCUCAUAGAGUGUUGCUUUUAGGACACUAUCAGUUAGGUGUUGGUUUAGGGUAAGGAUGUCUGUUUUGUUCACCUCUCAUUUGCUUUUAGGAAACUAAUGGUUAGGUUUAGGUUAAUGUUUUAGGUUAGGGAAGUACGGUUUACUUAUCAAAACCAAACAUGCUAGCAUACACCUUAAAAACCUUGUCUGAUUACAACACCACUUCACUAACUUGUGGUGCCCCCCGCUGGACAUUUCACUGGGAAACUGCAGCGAAAUGUGUAAUUAAGCACAUAAUUUCAUUUUGCAAAUAUGUUACCAUGGUCACGUACAUUUCAAGAGAUCAGGCUGUAAUUUAUACUGCAGUGGAAUCCUUCAUGUUGGAGGAUACAUUGGAGGACACUCUAUGUGAUCCUUGGAUGUUCUUCAGGACAGCAGUAGUGAACCUGCUGUAAUUGCAAAGUUAAAAACGAGUUACAGGGAAUGACUAUGAAAGAUGGCUUAGACUGCCAUACAGAACAUUUAAUUGACCAACUGCCACUGGACCAGCCAUCUGUAUUUGUUGCCCACAUCAAAGCAUAGUUACAGUGCUUACAAGGCAGAACUGUACUGAUAUUCUUCAAACAUUCUAGUUAGUUUUGCUUUUUCUUUUUUUAAAUCUAUAACCCUACUGCAAGUGUUAAGCUUAAACUACAGUAUGUUCAGCCGUGUAGACUCCAUUCAGUAAGAACUUA